UAGUGUGACGCAGUGACACACCUUCCCUCGCGCGUUGGUUGCUGGUUGUCGUGGAAGGUCAAGAAGUGCAAAGCCCGGUGAGCCACAGCACUGCGCAAAGACAAUGAAGAUGCCGGUGUUAUAACACAAGCUUACCGAUCUCUGAAGCUGACGGACAACUGUGCACUAUGUUUGAACAAUAAUAGGAGGAUCAAGUGAGUGAAUAUCCAGUAUGUCUGCGUUGUCGCAGCAGGAUUCUGGUCCAGCCGGUUCUGCUGAAUUGAGGAAAUCAGAACCAAAAGGAAAAGAGAAGAAAUGCUCAUGGGCCUCUUAUAUGACCAACUCCCCUACCAUGAUCGUCAUGAUUGGCCUGCCUGCGAGAGGCAAAACGUACAUGUCUAAAAAACUCACACGCUACCUCAACUGGAUAGGAGUUCCCACCAAGGUGUUUAACCUCGGUGUGUACCGGAGGGAAGCCGUCAAAGCAUACAAGUCUUAUGACUUUUUUAGACAUGACAACGAAGAGGCCAUGAAGAUACGAAAACACUGUGCCUUAGUGGCCCUGCAAGAUGUAAAAAUCUACCUGAAUGAGGAAGGCGGGCAAAUAGCUGUUUUCGAUGCCACAAACACAACUCGGGAGAGGAGAGAUCUCAUAUUGAACUUUGUGGAGGAGAAUGCAUACAAGGUGUUUUUUGUGGAAUCAGUUUGUGAUGACCCAGAGGUUAUUGCUGCUAACAUCAUGGAAGUGAAAGUUUCGAGUCCAGAUUAUCCAGAGGCACACAGAGAGAGAGUCAUGGAUGAUUUCCUGAAACGCAUCGAAUGUUAUAAGGUCACUUACCAACCUCUAGAUCCUGAUGAAUAUGACAAAGAUCUCUCUUUCAUUAAGGUGAUGAAUGUGGGCCGCCGGUACUUGGUAAACCGGAUUCAGGACUACAUUCAAAGUAAGAUUGUCUACUACCUCAUGAACAUCCACGUACACUCGCACUCCAUCUACCUGUGCCGACAUGGAGAGAGCGAGCACAACGUCCAGGGCCGUAUUGGGGGGGACUCUGAACUCUCUCCCAGAGGGAGACAGUAUGCAAGUGCCUUGCGUGAAUUCAUUGAGGAGCACAAGCUGUCUGAUUUAAAGGUUUGGACCAGCCAGUUGAGAAGAACCAUCCAGACAGCCGAAGAGCUGAGAGUUCCCUAUGAACAGUGGAAAAUCCUAAAUGAGAUAGAUGCUGGUGUGUGUGAGGAGAUGACCUAUGAAAUGAUCAAGAACUCAUACCCUGAAGAGUACGCACUUAGGGACCAGGACAAGUAUCACUACAGAUAUCCAGGAGGAGAGUCGUAUCAGGACCUGGUUCAGAGGCUGGAGCCUGUCAUUAUGGAGCUUGAGAGACAGGGCGAUGUACUUGUCAUCUGCCAUCAGGCUGUAAUGCGCUGUCUGCUGGCCUAUUUUUUGGACAAGAGUGGAGAUGAUCUUCCUUACAUAAAAUGUCCCCUUCAUAGUGUCAUGAAGCUCACUCCUGUUGCCUACGGUUGCAAAGUGGAGAUGUUUAAUAUGAAUGUGGAGGCAGUCAACACGCAUCAAGACCGACCACUGGAGAGAGUCAGGCAAGAAUCCACCCCUCUGCUGCUGAGGCGGAAUAGUUACACGCCCCUCUCCACUCAUGACCAGGUUAAAAGGCCUCGCCUCUACAGUGCCGGCAAUCAGCCCUGGCUGCCCCUCGCCCCUUCCCCUACCACCCUGCACUUCCCUGACAUGCCAGAAGGGGCGCUGCUGCUUCAGCAAAGCCAAUCUCAUGCAGGAGCCAAUCAUCUGACAUCUUGUGUGAAGGACUCUACUUUGGCGGCACAGAUGAAUUUAAUGACCGUUUCCGCUUCUGAGUGAGACAGAUCUUAUAUUUUUAGAUCCUGCAUGUUGCGUAUGUUCACGUUAUGUCUCUCCACACCCUUGUUUUAACAAUGACCUGACAUCAUCUCAUCAUCCCCCUGCAUGACAUCAAUACAGCUAAGAUGAACUCUGUAAUGUUUUAUCAUAACCUUUGGGGAUUUAAUAUAUUAAUGUGACCCAAAAAUUAUAUAAUCUUAUGUUUUAAUGCCUUAUGGAAGACAAGAGAUUCUCUCUAUAAAUGUGAUUUAUUAGUAUUGGACACACAUUGAAUGUACAAAUGCAGGGGUGGAUGACUGAAUUGUUUCACAUGAUAGAUUUCACAAUCUUAUAACUAUUUCAACAUCUUGCAGACAGUCAUCAGAAAGAUUAAAAAAAGGAAAUGGGACAGAGUCAGAGAGGUAAAAAGGUAAAUUGCUUAAAGUCAGCUUUAACAUAGAUGGUACUUUAUGGGAUAUUGUACAAAGUUCACAAUGUUGGUUUAAUAUUUUUAUAGUAAUGUACUGUGUAGCAUCAUGACAAAGCUGCAAGCAUUUAAAUGAAAUGUAUUUUUUCAGAUCAGGUCAGUGACACAGGAGUGUAUUUUUAUAUAUUAGGAUCUAUUGAAUGUCUUUGUUUACCAUGCAGUCCUGUAUGGAUGGCCAGUGCACUUAAACAAAUACUUGCAAGUUCAAACUCUUAAUCAGCCAUAUAAUAUAAGUUUAUUAAAACUAAGUUAACUAGAGAAACACGUUACUGUAUUUUUUUUAAGAGGCUGCACUUUUCUGACAUAAGUCAAAUGUCGCUGGAGUCCAUUCACAUAACUCAAUAUAGAUAAACAAAUAAAUUAUUUUACAUUUGGGAAAUCUGAUAUAUAUAAACACUUUUAUCACCAUGCAUUCAAUGAUUAAUUUAUAUUUUAAAUAGGUCCUGUACACUGUAUCACAUCUUUGCCUGCGGAAUUGAUUUUCAAUGAUCCUGUGAUGUGACAAAUUUAAGUAAUCCAUCAUGUAAUCCAUCACAAAUAAUAUGGGGUCAAAAAGUGGGUGCAUAAUAACUAUAAAAAUGAGCAAAAUGCUGUUAAAAUUUGUUUUAGCAUAUCACAUGCUGGAAAUUUCAUCUUUCCUAAAAGAAUGUUAACCUAAAAUAAUCCAGCAGUCCAGAAUCCCAUUACAUUGUGUUUCAUAGAUGACUAAAAUAUUUUAUUUGAAUGGAAACGAAUGUCUAGUUACACAGAUAUCCAAGCAUGCAUUGCCUUUGUGUAGUGUCUGGAAAUGAUACAUUUAUGUGUUAUAAAUGACACAUUCUUUACAAUGGUGCCACAGAAUGUGUAUGAUAAAUUGCCUGUUCUAUUUUUUAAUAAUGUUAGUUGCUCUGAUGACAUAUAUUUAAUAAAAUAUUCUCUUAACUCAGA